AUGACAGACUCAAAGAGCAAGCUGUCCUCAACGCCAAUGGCAGAUUCAGCCUCAGGCACAGACACAGACGCAAAUGAAACCAUGCGUCUCGCCAUCACCCGCUUCCGCAACAAAAUGGCCGCCGCAAACCAAAAAUUCCUCCAAGACCGCAUCAAUGAAAUCGAAGCAAAAGGUCUAGCAACCGAAGAGGAGAAGCGCUGCCAGCUCCGCCAGUACCUCUGGAUGGACCAUCUCGCAUGGGACGACGAAGAGCCCGAGACGCACAGACAUGACAGGAUCCAGAUCCCCCAGCAGACAUCAGUCAGCGCCCUCGACAUCCCAGCUAUUCUCAACGCGCUGCCGUCCCACGAACCAGCUGACGGUGUACUCCCGCCGCUGCUGCGGACCGAGCAGUGGCGGCAGAUGUAUGUCGACACAGUUCAGCGAGUGUGCCAGCGGCAGGCGGACGCGAUCGUUGCCUCAGACGGGGAAGCGUGCAACUCGCACAAAGACCACAGGCCGAUGUCCAUCCCGCGCUGUGACGAGCUCGCCCUGUUCCUGCAGUAUGCGCAGGGGGUGGUGGAUGUUGAUUUCCGGCUCCUGGGCAUUGCGCCGUUCACGCCGGCUUGGUCGAUUGGGGUCAAGGAGGAGGAACUGGAGGGGCUUGACGAGGGACAGAGACGCGUCAAGUUGGCUGAUCCGGAGCUACUGAGGCGCGGGCAGGAGGGCUUGCAGCGGGAGUUGGAGGAUGAAGUGUCGAAUGCAUGGCUGGAGGCGUCUACUGACGAGGACCUGGAUGUCAGGGCUGGGUUUAUCACUGGCGUUGGAUAUAACCGGCUGCACGAAUGCCCGGAGUGGUAUACUGCGUAUGUGUACUGCCGACUGUUGACAGAUGACGAUGGCGAGCAGGAUGAAGACAUCCAGGAUGCUGCCAACAUCCGGCACUGGGGGUGGCGGGUGGUUGUUUUCAAGGCCGAGGUUGUCGGUCCUAGUGUUCUGUACGGCCGGAAGGCCCGCUUUGAUUCUAUUCCGGAAUUCUUGGAUUGGUACGCUAGCUGGCUAGACCAUCUAGAUGCACGGGGGUUGCUUUCUCUGCGGCGCCAUGCUGUAGGCUGUGAGACGGACUGCGAGUCUGACUGUGAGGAUCAUGCUACAGGGAUUUAUGCAGAGGAUUGUUAG